UUGUGGUAAAUCGGGUAAUUUUCCAAAUCUUCCGGAUCUACGACGGCGAUUAUGGCCCAACCAGCUGUAGUCGCCCUGUGCCCAACCUUUCGUCACUUAUGGCACCAGUGCAGUGGUAAUAAUCCAGUAGUAAGUGCCAGAUCGACGCACCGGAUGUUUAUUGAAACAUCCGUUAACUCCCGGUUAAGGCACCUUUGUUUUUCAUGCGUUUGGAUUCAUGGAAACAUGGAUAGAUUGCGCGGUCAAGGUUAUAGUACUACCACUUUUCCGUAUCUCUGGAAGAAGGUUGAUAAGGAGCCAGCCCCCAGCAGUCGGCAUGCUACCGGAAGCUCCCUUCCCUGCACAAUCGUAAUCCGAAGGAAAAGCAAUUUUUCGCUAUGGCCGGAUGGGAUCGUCGUUGGAAGUUUCUGUCACAUGCAGAUGGAUCCGCAAUGCCAGACGGGUGAAUUUAAAGGUUGAUUGCUACCCAGUCCAUUUUUCGCUCACAUCCAUCGUCCAAAUGGGAAGGAAGCAAAGCUCCCGCUUGAGCAUGAAGCAACCUUUCGCAGCACCUAUGACCGGACCUUUGUUGUCGACCAGAAUUAUGAGCGGUUAAAUUUGUAACCGAUUUGUACCCAAUCGGAUGGACAUUUACA